AUGAUGCUUGUCGCGGUCCUCCUCUCCGUUAUCGUCGAGCAGGUCUCCUCCACAGCGAUCGCAUCUUCGCUGCUCCAGCCCUCCCUCGCUGCUGACGACAGCUUCAUACUCGCCGGCGGAGCGCCAGAGGAUGGUGGACACGGAAAGGACCCCAUCAGCGAAUGGUCCUCUACCAUCGGCAUAGUCACUGCGAUUGUAGGCAAUGUCCUUAUAUCGCUUGCUUUGAAUAUCCAGCGCUACGCCCAUGUUCGUAUAGAACGGGAAUAUGAAGGCAAUAUACUGCGGCUGAGGGCGGAGUGGAAGCGGUCUUCACCCAGGCCUGAUGGCCGGGCGAGUGGCCACAAUUACGGGACGGUGGACGGGGAGCAUGCUGAAAGGCAGGCAAAUAUCAGUACUCAGGCAUAUACCGAUGACCCGGAAGAUGCAAGGAGAGAUGGCAAUGCGCACGCCAACGGAUACGGACAUACCAAUGCGCAAACUCGCGACAACCGAUCUGAACCCAGUGGAAGCAGACCGAUAGUGGACUCUGGCGACGAGGAUGGAGACGAUCCGUUACAAAGUUCAUUUCUGUCGGAUCGGUCGGCCACCUCAUUCGAGAAAAGCACGGCAGGUAUUGAUAGGAAGUCGUAUCUGCGCUCGUCAUACUGGUGGUGUGGGAUCGUACUCAUGACGGUCGGAGAGGCUGGGAAUUUCCUGGCUUACGGCUUUGCGCCAGCUUCUAUUGUCUCGCCCUUGGGAGUCGUCGCACUUGUGUCGAACUGUCUGAUUGCGCCGUUUCUACUCAAGGAGAGAUUUCGCCAAAGGGAUUUCUUAGGGGUCGUGAUCGCGAUUGCCGGAGCUGUUAUCGUCGUGUUGAGCGCAAAAACAUCUGAAAAUAAGAUCGGUCCGGGUGAGAUUUGGGGAAUGAUUACGCGAUGGGAAUUCGAGACGUAUCUCGGGGUCACUGUCGUGUUGAUUAUUGGCUUGAUGUCGAUAAGUAGAAAGUAUGGGCGCAAGACUAUCCUGAUCGAUAUCGGGCUGGUUGGUUUAUUUGGUGGCUAUACGGCUCUGUCCACCAAGGGUGUAUCCUCUCUACUCUCAUAUACCCUCUGGCACGCAAUUACGUUCCCCAUAACGUAUGUCCUUGUGGCUGUCCUGGUGUCUAGUGCCAUUAUGCAAAUUCGAUACAUCAACCGCGCACUCCAACACUUUGAUUCGACACAGGUGAUCCCCACACAGUUUGUGCUUUUCACUUUAUCAGUCAUCAUGGGAAGCGCCAUAUUGUACCGUGACUUUGAAUCUGCGACUGUAGCACGAGUUGUGAAGUUUGUUGGCGGCUGUGCGCUCACUUUCUUUGCCGUCUAUCUUAUCACAAGCGGCAGGGCCCAGAAGCAAGACGAUUCAGAGUCAGAGAGCGACGAGGAAGAAGCAAUUGGCUUGCACAAUGACGAACCCUAUAGGGAUUACGUUGACUGGCAACAAGACGGCACGCCAAUUCCUAGCAGACAAAGCACCGAUAUCAGUGGCCGAGUUUCGCAUACAAAGCCUUCCCCUUCGCGCUCGCUCCAAAGUCUUGAAGAGAUGUACGAGUCCGAGGAUGAAGACGGACAGCAGACUCCGCGUGCCCGGACAGCUACAUCUCCCAACUCACUAUUGGACCCUAUUUCGAGCUCAUCUUCUAUUCUGGACCCUUCUCCGCUCCCUGCCGCAGAUAAUCCCUGGGCUACACCCACCCGUGAGAGAGAGGAACCGGACUACAACCCGCUGAAGGCUGAACAGGCUAUCGCGGCGCAUAACACAGAUGUAUACCCGCCUCCAACAAAUGUGGUCUUACAGUUUCCUUCAGCUCCUGGUGCCACGGACUCGCCCCCUCGAGGAGGACCGCAGACACCUCAGGACGAGGAGAAGGGUCGCCUCAGCAACACCGAAAGAGUAUGCGUGGAAGCAACAGACACAAGUCCAAGUGCAAACCACGGCCUGGAAUCCCACUUUACCUGGAUCCUGCUCUGGAUCCUCACCCAGUGGCCGAAGUUGACGAUGAAACAGCCGGGAGCACACCUCAAAUAUCACGAUCAACCUCUACAACAGGACCUGACGGGCCACGGAGUGAACAGCAGCGGACUCGAAGUCUGA